CAUUUAUUUUCAUUUCUUGUUCUGUUGACGUCCACACCUUCCAAGGGAAAAUUUGGAAGAGGACGUGAAGGUAGCCAUAUUCCAGAAUCAGUAGCUCAGGAUAACGCUCCUUCAUUGUUUUCACGAAGCGAUUUCCUGGAAGAACACUGAAGGAGAUGGCUGCGCAAGCCGAACAACCCUCUAGUAUGGUUUACGUGCAAGCAAGUGAGCUCUUCCCGAAGAAGACGCUCGCUUCAGAAGAUGCCGCUCAGAUACCAUUUCCUGAACUAUGUGGAGAAAGUGUGGAGUAUCUGGAGAAAACAUCUGAUGCCUUGCUUACUCUCUCCAACUUUCGUCUCUUUAUUCGUUUCAAAGACUCGUUUGUGAAUAUUCCCUUGCGGUUGAUAGAGUCUCUGGAAAUGAAAGAUCUUUUUUGGAUGGAUGUCAACUGUAAGGAUGCUAGGUCUUAUAGGAUUUUAUUUGACAACAGUGAACAGUGCACGAACUGGUAUAACCGUCUUAGCAAGUUCAUCUGUCCUGUCUCGCGCCUUGAAGAUCUGUUUGCCUUUGCCUUUUACGCAUGGUGCUUGGACUAUAACUCUGCAGAAAAGGAUGAAUUUACCAGUUUCUGUGAGCAAGAUGAAGUGCAGUAUUCAUUUAUGUCAGAGGUCAAAAGAAUGGGUUUCGAUAAUGAUGCAUGGAGGAUCACAGACAUCAACUCUAACUUUGAGUUGUGUUCUACUUAUCCAAAACUCCAUAUUGUACCAGCCAUGAUUACUGACAAAGAUAUGGAAGCUGUAGCUAAGUUUCGAACAUCCCAUAGGUUUCCAUCUGUUGUGUGGAGGCACAUGACUAAUGGAGCUGUUAUAGCUCGCUGUAGUCAACCAGAGGUUGGUUGGUUUGGUUGGCGAAGUCAAGAGGAUGAGACCCUUCUGCAUGCAUUAGGAAAAGCUUGUGCAACAGACUCAGUGUCUGCUUCUUUAAAGAAGCAACUCAUCAAAGAGAUGGGUGUGAAGAAUCAUCACACAAAUGGGCACACAGAUGCCAUUCCCAAUGGAGAUGUAGUUUAUGAUAGUACUGGUGAUGACAAUGAUGAUGAGGGUAAGGAUGUUGCAGCAUGCAGUGUCAUUGAACAGCGCAAGGUUCUGAUUGUGGAUGCCAGGGCCUAUACAGCUGCAGUGGUCAACAGGGCAAAGGGAGGAGGCUGUGAGUGUGAGGAGUACUACCCAGGCUGUGAAGUGUUGUUUAUGAAUUUGGCCAACAUCCACAGUAUAAGGAAGAGCUUCCAAAGUCUAAGAACAUUAUGCUCAGGUCCAAGAGAUAACCCCAAUUGGUGGUCCAGUCUGGAAAAGACGAACUGGCUUCACCACAUUUCGCUCUUGCUGAAGGCAACCAACACUGUUGUGAAUGCUAUCCAUAAAGAACAGAGACCUGUUGUGGUUCACUGCAGCGAUGGCUGGGACAGAACAACUCAGAUUGUUGCUCUGGCAGAGCUGAUGUUGGACCCCUACUAUAGAACAAUUGAGGGCUUUCAGGUGUUGGUCACACGUGAGUGGUUGGAGUUUGGCCAUCGUUUUGCGGAUAGGUGUGGUCAUGGACACAAUCAUGAUGAGAAUCAAAGAUGCCCUGUGUUUCUUCAGUGGCUUGAUUGUGUGCACCAACUCACUAGGCAGUUUCCUUGCUCAUUUGAGUUUAAUGAAACCUUUUUGGUAAAGUUGGCCCACCAUGCUUAUUCCUGUCUAUUUGGAACUUUCCUCUGCAACAGCGAAAAUGAACGUCUUAAAGGAAAUAUUCCCAGGCGAACAUUCCCAGUGUGGUCUUUCCUAAACUGGAGAAGAAAGGAGUUUAAGAACUACUUAUACUCCUCUUUGUCUGGACAGGUUCUUCAGGCCUCCCACGAACCACGCAGCUUACAGUUGUGGUCAACUGUGUACACAGCAUUUCCCACACCUUAUGCUGAGUCUGGUAUGGAGAAUGGUGACACCAGUGACUAUGGGGACUCUGUGAGCAGUGCAUGCAUUACUCCCAUCUCACCUAUAUUUCCCAGUAGUAUUGAGCAAGAUGAAAGACUCUUAUCAACUACUCACAUCUCUGAGUCAAAAUCUGAUGAAAGUCUAGUAUGUAAAGACUGUUUUGAAAAUCAGCAAGGACUUCAAAAGGAUAGCAAUGAAUUUGGAAGUGUAGACAAAGAUGUCAAUUCCAAGAGUUGUCACAACUGUAGGACAACCUUAUCACAGAAUCUUUCUGAAAGUAAAUCAACAACAAAGGAAAUCAGUGACUCAGAGUCUUGUCAUUCUAAAAGUAUGUAUCUUAGCACAACAGACUCUUGUGCAGCUGGAGUUGUUUCAUGUGAAGACAGUGUCAGUGAAAUUGAAAACAGCAUGUCCAGUAGUACAGCUACAGUAAUACUUGAGCCAAAUGAUGAGGCUAUCAGUGGCGAUGGAGAAAACUCCUCCUCAGAAAAAUUUUCUUCUAGUGAGACUGAUGAAGAGGUUUUCCCAGCUGGUGAAAUCAAUUCUGUGGGUGAUAUGCAACCACAAGAAUCUCAUGAAUCUAAGCAUUUGACAGCAGACCAUUCAAAAUGUGCUGCAGAUACUUCUUGUGGUGGAGAGAGAAAGGAUUGUACAGAAACUGUGCUUCCAUCCUCUAGUUCAUCUAGUCAGUCAACACUUACCAACAGUUUCCACGAAAUGUCACCAAGUACGAAAACAUCAAGACAAGGUUUAUCAGAGCUCUUUACAGGGUACCUGGAUGUAGAUGGUUUGACGCACAUUGCUGAUCCAGUCCAGGACAGGCUACGGCAGAUUGAGGUGGCUCAUCAAGCUAAUAUUGAGUCAUUACGGAGAAAAGUUUUGGAUGCACAGAGGGGGCGGGCUGCUGUAGGAGAAAGAGGUGCAUGUCCUUCUGGACCCACUAGCGACCUUGCAGAUGAAGUGUGCUCUUUGCCAGAGUCAAAUGUUAGUGGGGACCAACCCCCUGCCUCCCUUGGCAGUACAGAUGAGGGAAGUUGGAUCCAAGUGGAUGAGAAUGAGGCUCAGCCCACACUUUGGGUCCCAGAUCAUGCUGCCACCAGCUGUGCUAAGUGUGAUACACAGUUCUGGAUGGCAAACAGAAAACAUCAUUGUAGGAACUGUGGUCUAGUGUUUUGUGGUACAUGUUCUGAGAAGAGAUUACCACUGCCGGACGAACAGCUUUACGACCCAGUCAGAGUAUGUUAUGCAUGCUUUGAAAAGCUUGUCACUCUUCAGCAACGGGAGAACGGCCAGCGAAGGCAUCCCGAAGUAGCAGGCUCAUAAUUCAUGAGCACCACUGAGACUUUAGUAUCAAACUCCACAGACCAACUUGCUCAUGAGAAUUGCUAGGAACUCUGUUUCAGCCACUGCUGAUCAGUUAAUAACAUUUUUGCAUUUUGACAACAGCAGAGAGAAAACGCUGCUUGCAUUGCAGUGAAACCAUAAACGUAUUGAAUGAGGUAGAAGGGGUUUUAAUGUCAAUAAGAUAAGUUAGUUAGUUUUCAAAAGUACUUGUAGAUUAGUCUGGUCAACAAGGAAUAAUUUCUGUGGUAGUUAAAAUGAAAAUUUUUCAAUUUGCUUGAAAGAAAGAAAUUGGAAGGUAUAUCAGCGGGGAACCCUUCAUUAAUUUUCCAACCCCUGAAAAUAGCCCUGGUUUAACGAGGCGCUUUUAUUCUUCAUAAGUUUUAGUCAACCUUUCUCUUGCAGUCAGGUUAUUGAUCAGGUUUUUGGUAUGUCCACUUAGGUUUUUGUUUGUAGCAGUUUGUAUGAGCAAGUUGGCUUAAAACUAAUUUAGAUCAUGGCUGAUUCUGAUUUUUAGGGCUGUUUUGAUAAUGUUAAAAGUAAACAUAAUAUUUAGUAAAGAAUUAUUUAUGUUACAGAAUUUUUCUAAUAGUGUGGUAUCUAAAUUGUUUAUAGUUUCAAAACUAUAUUACUUUCAUAGUUUCAAAAGGCCUUUUUCUGUAUUUUUCGUCCAGAUUCUAUUUUGUCUUGCAUUGAUUUGAUUUAAGGUAUUAUUAGGUUUCGUGUACAGAAAAUGUUUAAAAAAAUUCAUGUUUGUUAGUAGCCCGCCAUUUUCCUUGAAAAGUAGGAACGUCUGGAAUUGAACGAACUCUCCUAUGAUCAGUAUAUGUUUAGUCUACUUUGGAGACGAUAAAUAUUUGUUAAACUCUUUUAUAGAAGGCUCUCAAUUCUAACUUAAUGGUUGGUCAAAUGUUUUCGUUUCAAAUGGAUCAUGAAAUCAACUUUCUCGUUCCUCACUAAGCCUUUAAAACGAGUGCAGUUUUAUACAACAACUCUGUACAUACAGGGCUUAUCGAUAGAAGCUCGGAUCUUCGUUAGUACUCCGGAAGCCUUGACGUUACCAGAGAGUUUUGACGGCAUACUGUAUAGCUGUGUUAAAAAUACAGUGGGCUCAGUUCAUUUUCAAACCGUCACAUGUGCUCGUUUUACAGGUUAGAAGUAUGAACUUUUUGUGCUGGAAAUAAUGUGUCGGCGGGAUAGCAAUGAUUUUUCCUAGAAAUUUCGUUUCCUAGAAAUUAAUGUUUUGGGUAGCGUAGCUGGGAUAAAUGUUGAGUAUGAGUUAUUGUUCAAUUAGAGCAGAACUAGUUGUUUCUAAAGCCAGUCAGAGCAGAUAAAAGACCACUCUUGAUUGGAUCGCGCGAGUAUUUUGCCGCGCUAGUCUCUGCUUACAUUCGCUUGGUUGGAGUCUUUACCUUUGCUGCAAGUUCGUAAUUCCUUCUUAUCCAAAUGUUCUGUUAGUCUCCCAGAUAGCCUUCGUAACUAGUCUUCUAGUCUUGGACUAGUCGGAAAAAUUAAAACUAUAAUUGUGUCAUCGUUGUUUAAUAAAAGUCACGUAACGUGAA